AUGAAGCACUAUUUCAGGGAGUCACUACGAAUCAAAGAUGCUCACGCUCACCGUGCAUUACACCUGGAUUUCAACCCAAAUUUGCAACAUAUCGUAGCCUCCUGUGGCGAUGACGGUGCCGUCCGGUUGUGGGAUUGGCGGAAUCCCAACGUCGCGCUGGUGACUGUGACUCCACAUGCGCACUGGGCUUGGCAGGUUCGAUUCCAUCCCGUGCACGAUCAGCUGAUUUUAUCAGCUGGUAGCGACGCCACGGUCGUUCUGUCGUGUGUUCUUUCCGCAAGCAGUGAAGUGGGCGAUAUGGGUCUAGAUGAUGCAGCAGAAGAUGACGAAGUUGACAAACUCGAGGAUGGACAGUUGGAACGGAUCGAGGAGCACGAGGAGUCCGUGUACGUUUUUAAUAUAUUCAAUUUUGAGACUUCGUGCUCG